ACUAUUAUUAUUAUUCAUCGAUUGUCUACAAUCCGCAAUGCCACAACAAUUAUAGUAAUGAAUGAAGGAGUUAUAGAAUAUGGUAAUCAUUAUGAACUAAUGACUAAGGGUGGUACUUAUUAUAAUCUUGUUAAUACUCAACAACUUCAACAAAAUAAUGAAGUCAGUGAAUUUCAAAGUGAAAAUGAAAUUAUCAAACAUAAAUAUGAAUCUAUGUCAUCAUCAAUCUCAACUAAACUAAAAAUGAGUAUACAACAUGGGAACUAA